AUGCAGCUAAGAAAUGUCAAUGGUUUGCCUCCGUAUCCGUCGCCCGCUGAGAUUUCGUUUCACGAGUGGGAUGUUCUCGGACACUCAAACCCUUGUCGCAGUACAGUACACUCGCUAAUUCUUCGGCAAAAGGCGAAGACCGAUGCAGGGCCGGGCAGCGUAGCUGAACUUUACAUGGCAACGCCUGGGGUGCAGAGAGAAGAGUUUAAUCAAAUUUUCAACGAAGCACGUUCAUCGACAUCGCAAUUACAAUGGGAACGAAAUGUUUGGACAUAUUGUUGGCUAUCUUUGUAUUUAUGGAAAAAAAAGCUCGAAUAA